CAUGAAGUAUUAUCGAUAUUAUCAAAAAAUACGGUAAACAGCAAUCUACAUGUAUUUAUGUGAUAAGAUAACGUUUUUCAACCGAUAGAGAACUUCAGAUGAAUAGAUGAUCACUUUGUUUUAAUUUCAGUAGUAAGUAUUGCAGUAAACAUCUGUGACGCAGUAUGAUUCGAUUGGGGAAAAACAUUUUGGAAAAAAAUAAUAAACAGCUAGAAUUGACCUAUUGCAUGCGUAAGUUUUCAAGUGGCUUCAGUAAGGAUGGUCAAAAUCGAUUCCAGCCUGAACAUGUUGAUGCAAACCGGGAAAAUCCUAUCAAAAAAACUCUAAAAAUCCUGGGGAGUGACAUGAGGAGCGUGAAAAAUUUCAUUUUUCCAAAAAGCACUAAGACAUCCUCGGAUGACUAUCUGGAGAAGUACCGGAGAGAAGAUUUCCAAAGUCAUUGUGAUGUGUUAGUUAUUGGUGGUGGAGGAGUGGGCUCGUCUAUUGCUUACUGGUUGAAAAAACGAGCGCGAGAUGGAUUAAAUGUAGUUGUUGUAGAAAAAGAUCCAACAUACCAGAAAGCCUCCACGUGCCUCUCGGUUGGUGGAUUAAGACAGCAAUUCUCAAUUGUGGAGAACAUCCAGAUGAGUUUAUACGGUGCCGAUUUCUUAAGAGAUGUCAAAGAACUUCUCGGUGAUGACGUUCACGUUAAUUUUACGCCACACGGAUACUUAAUGUUGGCAUCGGAACAAGGCGCAGAACAAUUACAAGAAAACUCUAAACUGCAAAAUGCUUUGGGAGCCAAAAAUGAAAUUCUUUCUUCGACUAAGCUAAAGGAACGAUUUCCUUGGAUGAAUACUGAUGGUAUAGCUCUCGGCUGUCAUGGCCUGGAAAAGGAAGGAUGGUUCGAUCCGUGGGCAUUAUUAUCAGGGUUUAAAAAACGAGCAAUUGAGUAUGGAGCUCACUACGUACAAGGAGAAGUGGUAGGAUUUGAGUUCCUUACCAAGCACGAUAUCCUAACUGACAAUGUAGAUUUUGGUCAAUAUCAAGGCAUUGAUCGAGCUUAUAUAAGAAUGAAAAACGAUGAAAUUCGAGACAUCAAAUUUUCACUCGUAGUUAUCGCUGCCGGGGCCCAAUCUGGAAAUGUAGGUAGAUUGGCUCGCAUUGGAACAGGAAAAAAUAUACUAAGUGUUCCGCUACCAGUGGAACCAAGGAAGCGUUACGUUUAUGUUUUUCGAUGUCAAAAUGACAAUGGUCCAGGAAUAAACACGCCACUCACAAUUGACCCGACUGGAACAUAUUUCCGACGAGACGGACUAGGAGGAAAUUACCUUGGUGGAAAAAGUCCUUCUCCGGAGGAAGAACCAAGGUCUGACAAUUUGGAAGUUGAUCAUUCGUACUUCGAUAGCCAUGUGUGGCCAAAUCUAGCCCGACUAGUGCCCAAUUUUGAGGCCAUAAAAGUACAAAAUGCGUGGGCUGGAUACUAUGAAUAUAAUACGUUUGAUGAAAAUGGAAUUGUCGGUCCUCAUCCAUAUUACAAUAAUCUCUACAUAGCGACAGGAUUCAGUGGUCAUGGUAUUCAACAAACACCUGCUGUCGGAAGAGCAAUAUCCGAAAUGAUUAUCGAUGGUGAAUUUAGGAGCAUCGACUUAACGCGAUUCGGAUUUGACCGUAUACUAGUUGAUCAACCAUUGUAUGAAGCGAACAUCGUAUGAUAUGAGACUAGCAGGAAGCAAAUCUAUUAAAAGGAACUGUGAAAUUUUAAACAAAAAUUACAUUUUGAGGUUGAAACGAUUUGUUCGUUAUGUUUAAUCAGUACGAAAAGUGACCAUCAAAUGAGUGAUUGCUGAUUCACGAUUGUUUAAAACUGCGAAUUUGAGCAUCACAAGAUGCUUUGAUCUAGUCUAAUAAAUAAAGAGAUCUAAGUUCAGAAACAUAGAACUAGUUAA